AUGUUCAAAAACAGAAAUCGUGCUUGGAAAAAAGUACCAACGACGCCUGAACAGUGGGAGGCUGCUGCGAAACUGAUGAAGAUUCGCCGCCAAACCGUCCACAAGCGCUUCGACCUAAAUUCCGGCUCAAAGUUGACGAAGGGAGAGUAUCUCCUCUUAAAGGUUCUAUGGAAGACAAAGAACACAAAGGAUAUUUCAGCCCUCGACCUGGGAUUAUACCUCACGACUGCAAGGCAGUUGCUUGGUGACAAUGCUGAAUUCCAAGCAUUUAUUCAGGGGAUAGACGGCAUGAAGAAUGGCGACGGUGGUGAGAUGAGCAAUAUGGGAGCCUUCAAGAUCCCAUUUUCUCAGAUUAAGGAGGUUCUGCGCUUGUUGGACAUCCCAAAGCCCAAGACUUGUACCAAAAACGAUGGGGCUGGCCGCAGAAUUCGGGAAACUCACCUCCUCGAGGGAGUUAACGAAGAUUUAGUAAAUAUGGCCGCGAUCUCACUCCUAACAGCCAUAAACCUCGAAAACGUCAAUGGCCCAGCGGGUUGGAGCCCCCACCGCGCCCCAUUCUUCGCAAAUUUCAAACGGGCGACUAUGGAGGCCCAAGUCGAUGGGUUCUUCUGGGCUGGCAAUUCAACUAAAACCAGCAUCCUCCUCGAGGCGAAGGCCGGCCAGAGGGCACGGCACGAGCCCGCUGUUUCAAUACAAGAAGCAGCGGAGGUAGUCGCUUGGCUUAUGGCCAACCCCCCUAUUAAACCUGCAGCAAACCGGGCCUUCUUGGUCUCCAGCGAUGGUUCGGAGUGGUUUCUUUCGCUCGCCAACUAUACUCCUGUAUACCAAGAGUAUAUGCUUGGCGAACGGAACACUCUCCCAAGAGAGGAAUUCCUAGUCAUGGAUCAGUAUGGGCCAUGGGAAACAAGGGAAAUAGGUGAAUUGAGAAGCUUUCUUGAAAUCAUGCUCGCCAUCAUGCUGAGGGCCAGAGAGGAGGCCGAAGAGCCCGAAAGUGCCAGCUCCUCGUCAUAG